UCUUUCUUUCUUUGAGGAAACGGAGCCACAAGCGUGUUACUCAUGAUAUCAAUCACUUGCUGGUGGGGUCAGUGCUCCCUCUCUGAGCACAUCCCACCGGAAAGUGAUUCAGGAGAAAUCAGUCACAUCACAAAAUGACAAAUAUGACCUACGGCUAAAUCUGACAAAAUGGUGAACAUGCCAUAACAGGGCAAGUUAAGCUAAGAUAAGCUAUAUAGUGAUAUAUUUGCCUCUUUUAAACUUUAAAAACUUAAUUCUCGUUAUAAAAUUACUUUUAUGAUAACGUUAUGGCUUUACUGCCUACAUAAGCAACCAAUAAAGCAUCCUAUGUGAAUGUCCCACUCACAAUGAAUGUAAUGUUUCAGGUCAAAUACAAGCUAAGCUCUACGUUUCCCUACACCUGCGUUUAUGACCAAUUCAGGAAAAUACAUGCCGCAACUGUUCGCCCAUGACUCACGGUCUAGUCAUUUCACCCCCCAUAUGCCCAUGAGCUCCUACAUCUCCCAUCAUGCCUUGAGACACAACACUACUGUAGAAAUGCAUCAGUGGUGUGCUGCUGUGCUCAGACUGGCUGGUGAUCGAUCACAGUUGUAAGGGACAGAAGGAACAGAAAACAGGGAGUAAGACGAGUGAAAGAAAGACAGGGAAACGCAGAGACUGCAGGGAGAAAGAAGUAAGCAAUUCACUGGAGGCUGUGACAAGGACAAAAACAUCUGCAUUCUCUUCUGACGCUGAGCCAGGAUUCUUUGUGGCAGCCGGAUGAGGGUCUCCAAGCUCCGAUGAAUUCUGUGAUCGGCGCUCUCCAGGAGCUCAAACUCUUGCAGGUCCAGACCGCACUGGAGGAGCUGGAGUUAUCCAGCAAAACUAACCAGGCCUCUUCAUACACUCACGCAAUGUUUGAUCAGAUAAACUACAGUUCAAAAAUAACCCACCUGAACCAAACACGAAAUCCAGAAGAAAUCCUUUCACAAGAAUGUUUCAAGACUGAGCUUACCAUGGAACCGUCUUCGUUCCUCACUAGUUCUCCAGCAGACAACCGCCAUAUUUCCAGGAUACACCAACCCAGGAGGGUUUACGGAGGAAGUCUAAGUACUUCUUCCUCUUUUUCCUCUCAGGAAGACACAGCCACCAACAAUUUCUCUUCGUAUGACAUUGAAGACUCCAGUGAUUGGACAGCUGCUUUGAUGAACCACAGUAGAAACAGACAGCCAUUGGUACUGGGCGACAAUGUGUUUGCCGAUUUGGUCGGGAACUGGCUAGACCUGCCUGACGUUGGAGGCCAGACGGCUGGUGUGGAGCAGAACGACUCGAGUCUUAAAGAUUCACUUUCAGAGUCAUCAUCUAGCAGUCACUCUCAAGACCUCUCCAGGAAACUCUCACUAACAGCUAGCAUCUUCAAAAGGGUCCUACGCCGCGUUCAGCCACGGCACCACCAGGAAAGCGAGGCAAUGGAUGUCUGUAAACAACCAAAGAUCACAUGCAGAAAGCCAAAAUCGGAAGCCCGCAAGCCAUUCUGGGUGAGAACAAGAGGAAUGAAGAAGAAAACCACACCCACCCAACAACAGGGCGUGGCUUAUCAGGGCUCAGAGGGUUUGAAAGAAAGAGGAUGGGUGGAGAUUGUAGAGAAGCAUCCAUCUGUGUUUGAUUACAGCUCAGCUGUGUGGGUCUGAUAUAAUUCUACAUGGAAGACGCCGAUGCGCACCUGGUCAGCUCCUCGUUAUUGCAACAUCUCACAUUCCAGUCGAAAACAUAAUAGUGGUCUAAACAAAAUUAUUAUAUCGUGAACUAUAAAUACAACCUGAUUUCAGAACAAUAAAAACAUUAAUUUCUAUCACUUCAUCAUGGUAUCACAGCUAAAUGUGAAGUGAACCGUAAAAGUUAAGCGAUAAACACCAUUCACUACAUAUUGCGAUGUUGAGGUAGUAUUGUCCUGUUGAGGAGUAGCACUGCAGAAGCUAUUGAUUCCAAAGAUAUGUUAGCUAAACAUUUCUGGAAUGCAUUUGUAUGUUUUUGUUGUUUUGGGGUUUUUUUGUGAGCAUGGCAAAGCGAGGAAAACAGGAAAAUAUUAAUAUUAAUUCAGUCACAUUACGUUGCCCUGCUGUUUCUGUGCGGUCCCUUGAGAGCCUAAUGCCGUUUCUGCUGAUGUUUGUAUCCAUCUGUUUAGGUUUAGGCCUAACUGUCAAUCAUUCUAUGAAAAAAUCCUGACUGCUGCUUUUUCACAAAUGUCUUACUCAUGUCUUAGCUUUGUAAGCAUAAACCUGCUUUCUACUGAUCAGAAAAACUAUGCAAUGAUGCUAUACUGCUAUGCAAACAAAUGAAAACUGAGCAAAUGCAAAUGCCUGCCUUUUUUUAAUCAGUGUCUUAUUUGUAAUAGAUAUAAAUAUAUGCCUUUGGGCUUGGGAUACAUACUUGGGAUACUUACAAAAAAAAAAAAUCCUAUAAAACUACAUUUUAAAAGGGAACAGGAUAUUCCAUUAAAGUCUAAUGCAUCAGAAAUAUCUGCUUUUGUCAUACCUAGUAAUUAAUAUUUAUUAAUUUAACUUUUUUGCUUUUAAAUGCAGCAUAUAAUCUAGUGGGCAUCAAUCACAAAUCACCCGUUUGUUGCAUUCCAUAUCUGCAAAGAGCCUUAUAGAAAAAUGUAAGAAUAUAAGUGGAGUUAUUCAUAUGGCUUUGUGCUAUAUUUGAAAGUACAUAAAGUGAACCACAGCUAAAAAACAUUUCUCUAUAAAUGGUCUACGUUGGUGAUGAAUGGUCAUGUAGAAAUGCGCAAAACACUGCAUCAAUAUGAAAUACAUUUAUUUAAAUCUAUGUCCAAAAAAAAAAAAAAAAAAAAAAAAAACUAAGCACACAUUACUUUAAAAAUAAAUCAAAAGCCAGCCAGACACUUUGUUUGAAAUGCUCAGCAAAACCAGAGCAGAACAAUGAAAACCAAAGUAAAAUAUUU